AUGCUCUUGACAUUUCCUGGCGUGGCCCUGGUCACUGGAGCAGGAGGAACAGGAAUUGGCGCAGCUGUGGCCAAAAGGUUCGCGCAGUCUGGCUGCACCAGGCUCGCCCUCACAGACAUCAACGCCGAGUCACUCGCCAAGACACGCAGUGCGUUACGGGACUUUCGACCGGAAGCGCAGAUAUGUAGCAUGGCGGGCGACAUCUCGAAUGAUUCCUUUGUGUCGUCUUUCGCCAAGCACGUUUCAAAGACGUUCGGGCGUGUCGAUUAUGCCGUCUUUAGUGCGGGUGUGCUGGGAGCCUCGUUGCGAUCUCACGAAACACCCGUAGCAGAUUUUGACCGCAUUACAAACAUCAACUAUAGAGGGACAUGGCUGUCGUCGCGUGCCGUUCUCUCCAUCAUGCUAGAGCAAGAGGCGCUCGCAGAACAUCCGAGGCAGAGGGGCGCCAUUGUGAACAUUGCGAGUCAACUGGGCAUUGUGGCUCGGCCCGCUGCUGCUGCGUAUUGCGCGUCAAAGGCUGCAGUCAUCAACAUGACGAGAUCCGAUGCCAUUGACUACUCCAAGGACGGCAUCAGGAUCAAUUGCGUAUGCCCAGGGGUGAUUGAAACGCCUAUGACAAUCGGCUCGAAAGAGGUCGCUCAAAGGCUUAAGCCUGCCAUCGAUAUCGCCCCUAUGCAGCGCAUGGGAACCCCAGAGGAAGUAGCCGACGCCGUGUUGUUCCUCUGCUCGACGCGGGCAUCGUUUGUACAAGGGCAUGCGCUCGUGGUUGACGGUGGCUAUACUAUCAAUUAA